CCUGUCAAAAUCCAUAGUAAAAAAAAUUGGAUGUCGCUCCUCUGGUCAAAAGCGCGUGAUAGUAAACAAGUAAACAAAAGAAAAUAAAAAUAAACAACCACACGCGGACGGAAAUUGAUUACAGUUUCGAUGUGAUGUGAAUUCCUAUUUCAUUGGAGUGUGACAAUUCAGUUUCAAAAUUAAAAUGGACCAAGUAGGGGUAGCGCCUUCUUCGAUUUCCCCAUCAGCGCCCACUAAACUUCCGCAGAAGCGGUUCUAUCGGCAACGAGCGCACUCGAAUCCGAUCGCGGACCAUACCUUUGAUUAUCCAGCCCAUCCAGAUGAUUACGACUGGUCUCAGCACUAUCCCACAAUAGGAGAUCGCUUGGUGGAAUUCGCUGACAUCGGCUGCGGUUACGGUGGAUUCUUGGUGACACUGGGGGAAAUGUAUCCUGAAAAAAUUGCAGUUGGGAUGGAAAUACGAGUGAAAGUGUCCGACUACGUAAUGGACCGGGUGCUGGCUUUGCGGAAGCUGAACGAAGGCCAAUACCAAAACAUUGCCUGCAUCCGCACGAACGCGAUGAAGUAUCUGACCAAUUUUUUCCGCAAGGGACAGUUGGAGAAAAUGUUUUUCCUGUAUCCGGAUCCACACUUCAAAAAAGCCAAGCACAAAUGGAGGAUCAUCAAUUCGGCACUUCUCAGUGAGUACAGUUAUGUAUUGCGACAAGGAGGUUUGAUUUAUACAAUCACAGAUGUGAAAGAUUUGCACGAAUGGAUGUGCAAGCAUAUCGAGCAGCAUCCGGCUUUCGUACGAUUAACGGAUGACGAAGUGAAAGGAGAUGUACUGUCGGAAAAGUUGUUGGACAGUAGCGAAGAAGGCAAAAAGGUUACCCGUAACAAAGGCGAUAAAUUUGUUGCAAUUUUUAGGAAAAUUUGAAUACUAUGAUGAGCAGACACAUAAA